AGUGCCCGGAUGCGGGUGACGUGCGGCCGCCAUCUUCCCGUCCCGGGCAGCCAGCGCCAGUCGGAGCCAGCGCGAGCUGCAGCUGCCGCCGCCAUCACUGCUGCUGCCAAGUCCUCCGCCCGCUGUCCCCGCCAUGUCUGCUACCGCUGCCACCGCCCCCCCUGCUGCCCCAGCUGGGGAGGGUGGUCCCCCUGCACCCCCUCCAAACCUCACCAGUAAUAGGAGACUGCAGCAGACCCAGGCCCAGGUGGACGAGGUGGUGGACAUCAUGAGGGUGAACGUGGACAAGGUCCUGGAGCGGGACCAGAAGCUUUCAGAGCUGGACGACCGUGCAGAUGCACUCCAGGCAGGGGCCUCCCAGUUUGAAACAAGUGCAGCCAAGCUCAAGCGUAAAUACUGGUGGAAAAACCUCAAGAUGAUGAUCAUUUUGGGAGUGAUUUGCGCCAUCAUCCUCAUCAUCAUCAUCGGUGAGUGGGGUAGGAGUGGCUAGGGCCCAUUCUCUGGAGAGGUUUCCCCAGUGGAUUCUGGGUAUCGAAGGUCAUUAACCUAGUUUUUACUCUUCAGCAAAAAGCAUGUAUAGCUGCUAAUGGCAGUUCUAAUUCAUCUAGAGCCAAAAACCUUGAUGAUGUUUAUCCUGCAGUUUGCCUUUUUCUGGGUAACUUCUGUUAAAAUUUUGGAAAUAGGAAAGCUGAUGUACCUAUGGAGGACUCUUUGUGCCUAAGAGCCCAGUCUGGGAACCCUGGAAUUGGGCAGUGGGGGAAAGGCCCAGGGACUUUUUAGGAUAUGACCAGGAAGCCAGGCAUCCCACUGAGAUCUCGUGGUCUCAGAGGCCUUGAGGAGUAGGGUCAUACUGUAGAAUUAAGGGGACCUCAGAACCUACCUACCCAGCCCCCUUGCUUACAGAUGAGAAAUUGAUGCCAAAAGAGGGGAAGGGAUGUCAGCCAGCUGGGGAGUGGGGAGGAUUGGAGGAGGGCCAGGCCUGACACAACUACUUUCUUUCUCUUUUUCUCUCACCCCCAUCCCUGUUCCUGG